CAGAGAGAGCCACGGCCACAGAUACAAAACUCAAUUCAACACAUAGGUAAGCAAAUAGUAUUAUGAAGCUGUCCAGCCAUUUUAAACACAACUUCUGACUGAACUACAUUUAAGGUUAAUUGACUAAAUGUUUAUUUAAAUCGUAUAGUAAGCUCAACAACAGCAUCUCUCACUCUCCUUAUCUCUAUCUCUCUUUCUAUAUCUAUGGGUAUCUCUACAUACCUUCACGUCUCUCUCUAUUUCGUUUUUCUCCCUCUAUCUAUUUUCACUGUUCUCUCCCCGCUCUCUCUUUAUUUCUCCUUUUUUCCCUCUUCAUACCUAUUUUACGUUCCUCAGUUCACUCUGUCACUUUUUCUCUACGUGUAUUAUAAUUUGAAUGUAAUCUGUUUGACAUAUUUUUUGAUACAAAAAGACACAUAACAGUUAUUUUAUAGGAAAAUUAAAUUAACAAAAGAAAAACAAUAGAAAGAAAAAUUAAUGGCCGACAACAAAUAAAUUUAACAAUGAAAAAAAAAAUCUUUAUAUAUAUAAGAGUUUAAUUUCGAUAUUUAAAAAUGAAGAUCACAUUGUUAACUCGGAAAAAUGUGCAUUUUAAUUUCUUUGUUGUUUUGAUUAAUUUUCCCUGAAUUAAAUGAACGAUUUUUUAAAGAGAAUAUUUAUUGAAUGUUCUUAAAUGUCACAUUAUUUCUAGCACACAGAGAGACUCACAAUGAGAAAUAAACAUGUGCCUUUCAUUUUAUUUCUCAUAUUUAUCAGUCUUCCAGUGGUGAGAAGUGGUAAGUCGGAAUGUAUUUAAAUGAUAACGUAUGUGUAAAACAUGGCAUGAGACCUGUUUUUAACAAAGCAAUGGCGUAAACAAACAAAACUGUAUAAAAAAAUUAAUUUUAAAAUACACUUAAAAUAUCUGUUUAUGAGUAGAUUUUAAAAUGACUUUUUCAAAAAAUAAUGUUUUUUUUUUCGUCAAAAAACAUACGGUUACUUUUGUAUUAGCUGUUAUAAGGAUGAUGGAAUAAAACACUACUCAAUAUAAGGAUAAUUGAAAAAAAAACACAUUUUUCAUUGUAGGGAUAGGGGGAAAACAACACUAUUCAAUAAAAGCGAAAUGGAAAAGUAUUAAAUAACGCAAAAAAAAAAAGCUAAUUAAAAAUAUAUUUGUAGAGGUUUCUUUAUAAAAUAUAAUUUUAUUACAUAGAAUAACUGUCACAGAGACUUAUGACUUGUAAUUUAUAGAGUAUGGAACUUGGUAAGAGGGACUAAUUAGAGAUGAGGAUCUAGAGUACAGGAGAAAAUAUUGGUGUAUUAUGCUUGGUGGCCGAGCGGUCUAAACUGUUUCAAACUAAAUAGUUGGUGGUCUGGAGAUCAAUCCCCACCAAAGGCAACGUCACAGCACUGUGGGUGGAUGGGACUCGUAAGCCUUGGACGGCAACCCAUCUAAGAGAAGGCAAUCUCUGAAUUUAAACUAGGAGCCAGAAUGAUCAACAAAUUGAUCGUGGGCCCCUCUAAUAUAAGAAGAAAAUAGAGUCAUGGCGGUUAUUAUAAUACCAUGUUAUUAAUAGUAUGAUAUAAGAUAAUGAAUAGAUUGUGACUGUGACGUUAUCAAGUGGAGAAUAUUUAUUCUAAGUGUUCUUUAAGAUCGGUACAAGUAUUAUCUAUUUGUGAUUAUUAUUGUAAUUGCGUAUAUUAUAAAGUAUAGUCACUAUAUUUCAUUGCAAUAUACGACGCCUCUGUUGAUGAUAGAUAGUAACUAAAUUGUGGUAGACUGUGUGAUUAUAGACAAGGAAAUAACCCAGUUAUGUUACAUUUAGUAUAUUACAUUAUUAUACGUAAUAAUCACAUCAUUUCUUUGCACUUAACAAUAAUAUCAAACGGAUAAUAAAGCGUGGACUUUUUAUUCAGGAUGAAAGCUAUGAUUAUUUAUUUGGAAAUAUAGAUUGAAUGUAGUUUAAUUCAUUUCAAAAGAUAUAACAAUCUCCUAAACUUUUAAAUUGCAUUAAAAUGACUCUAGUUUCAUAUAAUACUUUUUCAGAAUGCACUGAGCCAGGGGCUAUUUUCUCUGAAGGCACGUGUUUCCUGUACGAUGCUAGACAGCUUUCUUACUCGGAUUCAAAUGUAAUUACGCUGAAAAAUUGGUAUAUUGUCUGCCUGUUCUGGUCAAGUUUAUUAGAUGGUAGGACAUUACAUAAAACUCUAAGGGUAUUAUGGUAUAAACCAUUCUAGGUGCCCUUCAGAUGCACAACUGAAAAGCUAUAUGACGUCACGAUAUUCUGGGCUGUCAAUGAGUCUUUUUAAGAAUGAGAAGAAAGAGUUAGUGUUGUCUGCCUGAAUGCGGAUGCGACACUAAGCGUAUAAAUAGUAUAAACGGAGGUGCUACUUAAGAAUGUAGUAAUGUGCAUUGCAGCCUGGCCCCAGAGACCUUAGAGCAUCUGUUGACUGAAUGUCCCGCACUAGAUCUCCCGGGGGAAGCCAGGGCGGUUGGAGGAUCCUUUGUGAUGGAAAUGUUGUAUGGCUCAGCUCAACAGAUUGAGUUGAUAGCUAAUUUACUAGCCGGGGUCAUAAGAGAGUAAUCUCAGACCUUCACCAGAAUAUGUGCGUUAGUUAGUAGUGUGCAGGUGGUCAGCAGCGGAUUGGGGAGAGCGAUUUAAUCUACCGCUGAAUGUCUAAGUGUUACGACAGCUAAUGUUAGUUUUGUUGCCAGAGAUCCCACUAGUAAAAUUGGUUAUUUGGUUAAAACUGUUAGCGGAACCAACAUUACCGAUGGGAGUACCUAUCAGAUGAAAGUGUCUUGAAAUAAAAGUAAAUAUUUAAUAAGUGCAAAUGACUUUGUGUCAAGUGCUUUGCAGCUUUGUACACAGUGAGUUUUAAAUAUGAUAGCCUAGACUUCGAAAACAUAGAAAUGCAAUUUAAUUAUUGACCUAUACCUUCUUUUGUGUUUUACUGAUGAUGGUGUAAUACACUUAUAAGUUAUAAACAUAUAUUUUUAAAUGCUUUUAGAUGCAUAAGAAUUGAGUAAAACAAAGUAAGGUCAAACCUGAAAAAAAGUAACGCAACAAAACAAGUAACGUGUCAGCAGAAAACCUGCAUCAGUGAACAAAUAACAGAAAAAAAUUAUUUAAUUACCACAAGUCAUGGACUUUAGGUCUUUAUUCGCAGCCAGAGCCUAGACCCGCCCCUUCACGUCAUGGCCAAUCACAGAGGUUUAACAUCUCCUAUUCUUUUCUCUUUUUGAUAUGUAAUCUCUCACCUACUUAUUUUCUGUCACAAUUCUUUUGCUGCCCUCUCAGAAACUUUUUCUGAGCUAAGUGCUAUUUUAAAUAUAUAUAUAUAUUCUGGUUUUCUGAUGUUUGUUCACAGACACAGGGUUCCUGCCGAAACGUUCGUUGUUUGUUGCGUUCUUUUUUUUUUUCUUCCAGUUUUAACUUACUUUCUUUUACGCAUUUCCAUUUUUGUUAACUUGAUUGCAGUCGCUUCCUGUAUUACACAUUAAAUGCAAAGCUGGCUGACUGUUCGCUUCUAACUCUUGAGAAUUGAAUUUUUAUGUGAUUUGGUUGGUGUAUUUGUUAUCUCCCUUUUUAAAAAAAUAAUUUUGUUGACUACCGCAGGAACAAGUUAUUAAAUUAAGAAAGAAAAUGAUAAUUUCAAUGUAAAAUACAUCUAUUCCAGGAUGAAUGCAAAUCAAAAGGUGGAGUUCUGGCCAAAGUAAAGUCAAAGACUCAGUUACUUGACGUAACCGUUCAGGCACAACUAAGUAAGUUACAUAGUUUAGGUAAAUAAAUAUUCUUCUGCCUGCUUCUACCUGAUAAAACUCAUAAUGAGGAAGAACUCUUGAUCUAUCGGAUAGUGUUAUACAAAAUGUUUGACAAGGAUUUAGUCGAAACGUUAAGUCUGAUAAACAUUUAAGGUUAUCUUAAUGCAGUUGUUGCAUCACUUGUAUUUAAAGGUAUUUAUACUGAAGUCCUCACCUUUGUUUGCUUUCAAAGUAGGCUGGUCGACAGCAUUAGGAACGGAUGGCUAAUCCUAUUCAUUUUCAGUCGGGCAUUAUUGUUCCCGAUCCAAAAAUGCUUACAAUUAUUCAAAGUUGGUCUUUGCUGGUAUAAACUAAACCAUUUGACCUGCCCGUGGAAGAGAUUUUGGCUCAAGACUUUUAAUCAGAGCUCCUGUCUGAUAUUGAAUAGGUUUGGAAUAUAAUCAAUGUCAAUUAUCAUCUAAUUUAUUUCAUAGUACAUCUUUGUGGUCUUACUAUCUGGGCUUUUUUUGUACACAUUUAAACUGUCAUUUGAAUUUUUUGUCUCUUUCAUUUUCUCUGUCGCUGUUUCUUUCCUUUUCAAAAAAAAAAAAGAUGUCCAUUAAUUUUAUCUGCAAGCUUUGACGGGACAAGUGAUCAGUCAUGUGUAUGUCCAGCUUCCUUAUUCAUUAUCUUCCUACAUGUAACAUAAUAAUUAUUAUGUUGAUUUACUUUCUUACUAAAAUGAGACUACAAUUUAUUCAAUUCAACUUUCUUCCUAUAAGGUUUUAGUUGUCUGUUGACAAAUAUCAACAAUAUUGCAAUUUAUAUUCGUGAAAUGUGCAUGUCUAUUUGUUUUAAUUUAAAAGUUAAGUUUGUUAGUCUUUGAUAGCUAUUCCAUUUUAGUUAAACUUAUUCAACCCUUUCUCCCAAGCAUUGAAGUCUCAAUAUGACCUUGGUUAUUCAUCACCUACUUUAUAAUGUUCCAAAAAAAUUUCAAGAUUGAGCAUACAAAAAAUUGUAGGAUUAAAUAUAUAUUUUCCAAACAUUAAGUAGCACAGCAUAUUAAGGAAUAUGUUUCUCUCUAUCUCUCUCUUUCUCUCUCUCUCUCUCUGUCUCUCUCUGUCUCCCUCUCUGUGUUGUUGACGAUAUUGAAAAUGUUUUCUCAGCCCUUACAACAAAGCCAGAAAAACGUCCAAACAAAAGUAUUUCCCUCUAGAGACAGCGCCCCCUCCCUUCCCACUCCUCAAAACUUUAAGUUUUUAACCUCUUCUAUUGCACAGUGAAGAAAUAUAAUUUUUAAGAGACAAGAAAACAUUCGAGUUAAAUCUUAGAUCAGUUCUCUAUAGUCCCUCUACCCACCCAAACCCCACCCCGAACCCUGUUGCGCAUUUAAUGCGACUUCUAGUUACUUUUUUUUCCGUGACAAAGUUUUCUUGUAUGUAUUGACUUUGCAGAUAGUACCAUGUGGAUCGGUGCCAACGACCUGGCUUCACAGCAAGACUUCGUGUGGCAAGAAGACAAUACAGCUGCCCCUGAGUUAUCAUUGUUUUGGGCUGAGUAUCAACCAGAAUUGCAAGGCUGUGUGUAUAUCUAUGUGAAGACGAGAACCCAAAUUGAAGCUUAUACUUCUGAAUGUACUCAGCAAUCUCCCUUUCUUUGCAUGCAGAAAGGUACUUCGUUUAAAUUCAAUGUGACUUUGGUCAAAUGGUCAAAUUGCCAAGUAAUUUAAAGAAUGAAACUAGCUCGGCAUGACGCUUGCAUAAGACAAUUAAACAUUUGUUUUCCAUCAUUGGUUUAAACCAGUUGUAUUAUCAAACAAAUGUAUCCAAUUUAUAAACAAAAUGCAUUCAUUAAUAAUGUUACCGUUGGACAUGUUAUUUACCUUACAAUACAAGUUAAAACAAAGAAAUUAAGCAAGUUCACAUCACAUGGGCAUACAGCUUUUAUCUAUUAUUAAAUGCCCUCUUGUUGCUAGCAAACAAUGCAAAAUAAGUUAAACCAAAUAAAAAAAAAAAACAACAACCAAAAAAAAACAUAAAUAUUUCUAAAACCAUGAUGUUUCAUUUUCAUAUUAAUUUAUUUUGCAGCUUUCUUAACUGGCGAAUACAUCUUACCGUUAUGAUACAAAUCACUAAUCUGACAUUUAAAAACAAUUUUAGUGUGAAAAUUUAAAUGAGUUAAUCUUCGCCCAAGAUGGAAGAGAAGUAAAGUACGUUUCAGCAAAUCAUAUUCCAAUAAAGCUUAACAACUUAAAAAAAAAAAACUUGACAGCUCUGACCACAACUCCAGUUACGAAUCUGAUGACAUCUACACACACAAGUCUAAUGACUUCUACAGACCAAAGUCUAAUGACUUCUACAGACCAAAGUCUAAUGACUUCUACAGACCAAAGUCUAAUGACUUCUACAGACCAAAGUCUAAUGACUUCUACAGAUCAAAGUCUAAUGUUUUCUACAGACCAAAGUCUAAUGACUUCUACAGACCAAAGUCUAAUGACUUCUACAGACCAAAGUCUAAUGACUUCUACAGACCAAACUCUAAUGACUUCUACAGAUCAAAGUCUAAUUACUUUUACAGAUCAAAGUCUAAUGUUUUCUACAGACCAAAGUCUAAUGACUUCUACAGACCAAAGUCUAAUGACUUCUACAGACCAAAGUCUAAUGACUUCUACAGACCAAAGUCUAAUGACUUCUACAGACCAAAGUCUGAUGCAUUUCAUUUAAAUGCCCUUUUACAUCGGUUUAUUGAAUAUAUUGUCAAAGUUUAUGUAAAGAAUAAAAAAAUACACCUCGGUUUUAAAUGAAACAGAGUCACAGCAUUGCCUCUAUUCUCAGUAUAUAAAUGGUUCAUUAACAAACGAAUUAAUGCCAAAUCCACAAGAUUCAAUGUUAAUCUUGGACAUAUUUUUCCAGUACAAUGCAAUUUAAAAAGAUGGAAUUUAUCACAAAGACAUCAUAUGGAAUAAAACAACAUUUAUAAUAAAACACCUACUUGUUGCUAGCAAGCAAUGCAAAUUAUGAUAGAACAAGUUUGAAAAAAAUCAUCAGUGUAACAUAAAAUAUUUCUGAUCACAUAAAAUUUACUUAUUUUCUCUAGAAUGAUGGUUUUGUUUACUGAUGUAUAUCUCUUAACUUUGUAUUAUAAAACCUAUGUUAAUCAUUUUUUAAAAAAAAAUUCCGUUGUCUAAAUGUAAAUGAGAUGAUCUACAUCCAAGAUAGAAGAGAAGUUGGAUACGUUCAGAAAGAUUCCUUUCAAAUUAAGCAUACUUUUUUUUUUGUCGAAAUAACAGAUCUGAUGACAACUCAAGGUACGACUCUGGUGAUUUCUACAGACCAAAGUCUGAUGAAUUCUACAGAUCCUACGAUUUCCAGUACAUCUCAAACAACAUCCACUGUCAACACGACUACCAAAACUACCGCCAGCGCCAUCUUAUCUUCCACUUUAAAUGCAAAAGUUCCCAUAAAAACGUUGAUGAAGUGUGGCUCAAAUUGUAUCGAGUUUAAUUUUGUAGUGAUUUUAAAUCUCUGCGUGUUAAAAUAUAUCAUUUAAAACAAAACAUUUGAUCUUUUUAGAAAUUUAUUAAUUUUAAUGAAAAAAAUUAAAUGAGCAAAACAACAAAAUUGGAAAACCUGUAAAAAAUGUAAGCAACAAAGCAACGAUCGUGCAGAAAGCCUUAUUAAGCAUACGAACAUUAAAAACAAAAGAAAAUAAACACUUAGAUGAAAUGUAGUGACACAGAGACAAGCAAGGGGGCAGUGACAGAACAUUAGUAGUUGAGUGAUUACAUUCAUUCAGAAUGCUAGGGAAGAGACGAACAUUUACUCCGCUGCAAUCGGUCGAAACGAGUAUGGGCGGAAAAAAGGUUGACCAAAUGUAGGAGAACAUGAAAUUCAUGCCAUUUGGUGCCAAGAUUCCAAAAGUUUGGAUCAGCCUCUUUUACAAAUUCACCAGCAUCGGUGUGUUUGUACAAGACACUAUAACAGUUAUACUUCAUAAAGUAAGACAUAAGUGUGGUCAUUUUUGCUAACGUUUUUAUGUGAACGAACACUGACUUUCCUUAGCAAUAUUUUGGGGUGCCCGAUCUCACCUACUUACGCGUACGCAUAAUUUAUUCUUUUGCUACCUCGUCUUUGUAGCUUUUCUCCUAAUGUGAUUUGCUCAUUUCAAUUUUUCGAAAUCUGAAUUGCUGUCUCCGCACCAAAUUAACAAUCCAUGAAAGGCCUUAGGUUUUUUUUUCGGAAAGAAUUUUAAAAAGUUUCUAUAAAUUAAUGGAAUAAAAUUGAUUUAUUUAUAUUUAUCCAAUGAAGCGGUUCUCAGCCUGUUGUUUCGCGAACAUUUUGGGGGUCGAAUGACCCUUUCAAAUGGGAAAACGCAUAUCCUCUACACUUAUGAAGUAGCGACGUAAAUAAUUUUAUGCUUGGGGGUCGCUACAACAUGUCACCUCAAAUAAAUAUUUUUUAAAAUUAAUUAAAUUAAGAUUUUUUCUGAAUUAGACAUUUUUAGAGAUUAAUAAAAGUGAAGUCACCAUAUUUUGACCCCUCCCCUUCCACAGUCACAAAGUGUCGCAUAUUCUCGACCCACCCCCUCUGAGCGUGACGUAAUUUACCAACGACCCCUAAAUGUGAACAGUUACUUAUAAAAUAGUUUUAAAUAGAUAAUUAUCAAUGAUAGAACCUUGAUAAGCUUCUACAAGGGAAAAAACGGUAGAGUCCAUUUUGACCCCACUCUCUACUAUAAAGAAAUAAAUCAUGUUACAUUCAAGAUUGAAAUAAUGUAUCUAAUAACUCACGGAAAUGGACACUUUUGUGAAAUGCAUUUUAAAAAUUACAUUUUGUUAAUACAUUUUUAAUGUGCAUGGUUUUGAACUUUAAAAAUGGAAUAUCUCAAAACAAGAAAUCUGUGACCCUGCCAGUUUUUCCCUUGUGUUAUUCAUAUAAUAUGCAUAUGUAGUUUUUCGUUGUUUUUAAAUAUAACAUAUUAUUUUUUUUAAUUUAGCUGAAAGUUAGGUUCAUACAAUUUUAUAAUAAAAUAUAUUUAUUCAUAAAAAAAUAAACACAUUUGAAAUCUAAAUUAACUAAACCUACUAAUGACAAAUAUAAAAAAAAUACUCGAAAUUAUUCCUUUUUGUUUUAGUGUUAAAUAAUUGUAUUUAUUCCUUCGUGUAAGAUUUAUGCAGUUCCCUUGUGUACAUGUAUAUUUUCAUUAAAUUCCUUUUUUUUUUAAAUUUCGAAUGUACGUCCACCAGAUGCGUUCCUUAAUGUAAAAACAGACAUU